GCAAACCAAGAACAAGCCAACCAGAUUAUCAACAUUCAAGUCAAGUUCCCGUCAGUAUCUAUCAAAAGAUGCAAGCCGAAGCGCCAUUAUCCUCAAGAAAUGAUCCAACCAAUCUCGAUAACAUUCGACAAACAUUAAUGAGACUUGAAGAUACAAUCAUCUUUCUUUUAAUUGAAAGAGCUCAAUUUGCUCAUAAUCAAGUCAUUUAUGAAAACUCUGAUAAGUUUAUUGAAUUACAUGCCGAUAAAGAAACUUCAUUUCUAGGUUGGAUAUUGCGUCAAACUGAGACUAUACAUGCAAAAGUUAGACGAUAUGAGUCUCCAGAUGAAUAUCCAUUUACAUCAAUUAAAGAAUUACCUGGAUCAAUCUUACCUAAACUAGAUCAACCAGAUUUUUUAUAUCCUAAUACUGUCAAUAUUAAUGAUCAAAUCAAAGGAUUUUAUAUUGAUCAGAUUGUAAAACCUUUGACAAAUAAAGAAGGUCGUCCAUCUGAUGAUGGUCAUUAUGGAAGUUCAGCUGUUCGAGAUGUCGAAGUUUUGCAAGCAGUCUCAAGACGUAUACAUUAUGGAAAAUUUGUUGCCGAGCGAAAAUUUCGAGAUCACCCUUCAAGAUUCGUUCAUCAUAUUUUAUCUUCCAACACAACUGAGCUUGAAAAAUUGAUCACCGUACAACAUGUGGAAGAUGCAUUGAUUCGUCGACUCGAAGUGAAGGCAAGGAUGUAUGGUCAAGAAGUAGAUCCGGCUGGAAAGCCAAUCGAUUAUCGUGAGGCAAACAAAGUGAAUGUAGAAGUGGUGGUAAAGAUGUACCGUGAGUGGGUGAUACCACUUACCCGACAUGUAGAGGUUGAGUAUUUACUACGUCGAUUGGACGGUCUAUCGAAAGAAGAAAUCAGUGAACUUUCGAAAUCAGAUGAUUGAUUCAUCACCACUCUUUUGGUAUGCAAGUCCCGAAACAUGAUGGACGUUAGUAAGGAUGAUGAGAUUGCUGGAAGAAUGCUAGAUGCGCGUCGAGCUCUACAUCCACAAUCAUUUGUCAGCAAUCACUGUGUCGAUUGUGAGGUAUGACUUAUUUUCAUUGGUUCCUUUGCAUUAGAGCGUAGGAUAUUAAAACAGUACCACGCAUAUGUGUUAAGUACUUUAAAUUAGUGAACUGGUUUCAAAAACCGCGAAUUUCUAAGACCAGGAGACAGCUCAUC